AGUUAAUUCAAUCAUUAUUAAUUGCGCGAGUUCUUGGAGUUAGAGUCCUCACGUGACAAUACGUCACGCUGCAUCGUCUCCUGCUUUCGCACUGUCUCUCAUCCUUUCCUUCUUGUGUUUCUACCCACAGCGCGUGUUCUCGGGCUUGUGCAUUUUGGUUGCCCGUAGCGCACACAGGUCCAUUGCGUCCUCUGAGACCGGGAUAUCUUCACCAGAAGUACAACUAUGGUCAACUUGAAAUACACUCUCGGAGAGUCGCCGCUUCUUAUCCAGCCCGCGUCGUUCGUAAAGAAGAAAAACUACGAGUUCCACGAAGUCCUGGGUAAAGGAACGUUUGGAAAGGUCAUUCGUGCAACAUGGCACGUACCCAAGUCACAGGCUCUGGUUGCAGAUCGCGGAGCCUCUAAACAAGGUAUUGCACCCUCCGGUACUUCAUCGUCAAGCUCUUCUGUCGCCGGGGUCAGUGGCAUUUCGCGACCAGCUUCCGCUUCAUCGCGUGAAUCCAGUGGCAUCACGAAAGAUGUCGCACUGAAAGUCAUUCCAAAGAAAAAAGUAAAGGGAAACGACGAGGCUGUAUGGGGGGAAAUGGAAGUAUUAAGAGGACUAGACCACCCGAACAUCGUCAAAUUUUAUGAGUGGUUUGAGUCUCGGGAGAAAUACUAUCUGUCAUUCGAACUCGCCGUUGGAGGAGAAUUAUUCGAACGGAUAUGCCAGCGGGGCAAAUUCACGGAAGCUGAUGCGAUAUUAGUCGUGCGGUCAAUACUAAGUGGCGUAAAGUAUCUGCACGAUCAUGACAUUGUACAUCGUGACUUGAAGCCGGAAAAUAUCCUUUAUCGCUCUAAAGCACUUGAUUCGGACAUUGUCAUCGCCGACUUCGGCAUUGCCAAACACUUGCACAAGUCGGAUGAGCAACUGUUUUCUGUAGCAGGCUCAUUUGGUUAUGUUGCACCCGAAGUUCUUAAUAAAAGUGGACAUUCGAAGAAAGUAGAUAUUUGGUCAACAGGAAUAAUCACCUACGUCAUGCUGUGCGGGUACUCUCCCUUCCGUUCAGAAGACCCCGCAGAACUCAUCCGCGAGACGGAGGAAUGCAAGAUCACCUUCCAUGAACGAUAUUGGAAGAACAUCUCUCCAUUGGCGAAGAACUUCAUUAGUGCUCUAGUCGUCGCGGAUCCUGCCGCACGAUUAACGGCAGAAGAGGCGCUUUAUCAUCCCUGGUUGACACAGAAGGCACCAUUAGAAGAGCACGAUCUCGUCGGAUUGCGCGAGAACUUCAACCCGAAGUCCAGAUGGCGCUCUGCAAUUAAUAGUGCAAUUGCUGUGGGCCGUCUACGUCGUGCAGGUUCCGAUCGUUCGCAGCGAGAGCGACUUGCACGCGCAGGAUCGGAAAUCAGUGAAGGGGAGCGCAGUGAAAAUGAGAGCGCUGGAUGGCGAACGCCUGUGAGACCAUCCACGCCGAAAAGCCUGAAGCGUGAUUUACCUGCUGAGAACCGUGAGAAUCUUGGUGUCGGAUCAGAUGCUUCACAGGAACCUGUGAGGAGGCUCUCAACUGAUGGAAAGGACGAGAAGAACGAUAACGUGCUUGUUCAUCCACCGCCUGAUGAACAAGUUGGAGGGAACAAAAGAGCAGAAGAAAGCUCCGAGACUCCAGACACCAAAUCCGAACCUGAGGGGCAUGCCCUCCAACGAGAAGAUGAGGCAUCACACCCUGGAGCCGUACAUGCAAUGCCAGAAGCCCCUGAAUCUUCUCAAUCUCCUCAGCCUUCCUCGUCGUCACCUCCAGUACCAGAGAAACCCGAGUCACAGCGUAAAAUCGGAUAUGAUAAACCUCAACAGCCAGAACGACCGUUCACUCCAGAAGAAGAACGACUUGCGAUACCAGGUUCAUUCGACCUCUCUAACCAACAGCAAGGGGGCAGCAAUCAUGAUAGCAACAGUAGCGGUCACGGACAUGCACGAGGGCAUCGCUUUGAGAACGCAUGGGUGAACUUGUUCAGAAGACUUGGGAUACAUAAUAAUCAUCACGGCAAUGGCAACAACAAUCGUAAUGAUCUCAAUAAGUGAUGACUUUGCUAUCAUGUUCAUUCUGCUGUAUUCGUUUAUUGACCUUGUUUGAUUUGAAAUUCUCGUUGUAUCAUGCAAUAUCGUACUUACUCGACAUUAUUACUCUGUUCUUCUUUCUUCUUGUGCUUCACUUUGUACCUUUUGUUCUUCGAGUUUUUAUUGAUGAUGUAUUUCUUCUGUUUAGGACAGCUGGAAGUAAUAGUCCGCUGUGGAAACUCUGUAGAUUCGAUACACGGAUAUCGUCGGACUUUGCUGUGUCAAUCGUUUGGAACAUGGUGUGCAAAUGAGUUCAACACCUUGUAUAUUUCUUCAAUGUGAUGGAUCGUCUGAUAGCAGCCUUGCUUUCAUUCAGCAACCAGUGCAAAGCACAUUACUAGUUGGCUUCACGAAAGCAUGUUUGCUCGCUUCUUCGGUGCAAAGUUGAUCAACUUUGCAGCUUCAUUUUUGCCGGUAUAUAAUGUGUUCAAUGCACAGGGCCAUCCUGACCCCUCCGCCUCACCCUUAACCUCGAACCAAAUCAAGUACAGCACCUAAU